GGACAAAUCUCGCGAGACUCGCUAUGACGUGAAAACGUUUAGAUUAACAAGCAAAACCGCAAUAAGACACGUGGCUCGGCAGUGCAGUGAAGAGGUUUAUUGGAAGGUUACCAGGAUGGCAGAGCUGGACAAGCCAGACCUGAUCAUGGCAGAUGGACGAGUGUAUCGCAACCCUACAGAGAUGAAGAUGAGCCAGAUCAUACUUCCCUGCCAUGCCAACCAUCGCAAGGAACUGAGCGUCGGGCAGCUGCUCAAGUGGAUGGACUCCACCGCCUGCCUCUCUGCUGAAAGACAUGCAGGGUGUUCCUGUGUCACAGCCUCCGUGGAUGACAUUCACUUUGAGCACACAAUCAGUGUUGGACAAGUGGUUAACAUCAAGGCUAAAGUCAACAGAGCUUUCAAGUCAAGCAUGGAGGUGGGGAUCGUGGUGAACUGUGAGGACCUGUACAGUAACUGCCACUGGAAAGUCUGCCAAGCUUUUGCCACCUUUGUGGCUCGACGCACAGGUAAAGACAAGGUCCAGCUGAAGCCACUGGUCCCUUACACACACCUUGAGAAGUUGGAGUACAGCGUCGCUGCUGAGAGAAGGAGGAUGCGAUUGCUGCAUGUCGACAUCAUGAAAGCUCUGUUGAGUGACAGCGCUUUCCAGACGAGCAUUAGCGAGCAAGUGUGUGGAGGGCAAGAUGAGGAGGAAGUAGUACCAAGUGAGAGAACCCGAGUAGAGAGCGUUGAGCUGGUUCUGCCUACACACGCCAACCACCAGGUGAACACGUUCGGAGGCCAGAUCAUGGCGUGGAUGGAAAACGUAGCCACCAUUGCUGCUAGCCGGUUAUGCCACGCCCACCCGACAUUGAGGGCGAUAGACAUGUUCCAUUUCAGAGGACCGUCUCAAGUCGGAGACCGUGUGAUCCUCAAAGCCAUAGUCAACAACACUUUCAAGAACAGUAUGGAGGUGGGUGUGUGUGCAGAGGCGUAUCAGGGGGAGGAGCCACUGAGACACAUUAACAGUGCGUUUAUGACAUUUGAGGUGCUGGAUGAUGAGGGCAGACCACGCCCACUACCUCAGAUACGACCUGAACUGUUGGAUGGAAAAAGGAGAUACCAAGAAGCGAUUGCCAGAAAGAAGAUUCGACUUGACAGAAAAUACAUCAUCUCCUGUAAGCACACUGAAGUGCCCUUGUCUGUCCCCUGGGACCCCACUAACCAGGUGUACCUGAGCUACAAUAAUGUGUUUGCGCUCAAGACGUUAGCAGCCAGAAACAACUGGGUUCUCAGUUGGAAGAAGAACAACGUCGGGCUGUACACCCUGGAGGAGAAUCAGAGCCUUUGUGUCAGGGUUGAAUCCGAGGUGAACAUUCCUGCAGCAAGAGCUUUCCUCCUGCUCUCGGAUCUCAGCCGCAGGCCCGAAUGGGAUAAGCAUUACAAAAGGUGCAAGCUCAUCAUCAAAGUCGACGAAGAUGAUCUGAUCUACCACGUUCUCGCUCCGCCAGUGACCGAAGGAGGAAAAGACCAGGAUUUCAUCCUGCUUGCCUCCAGGAGGCCACCGUGUGACACUGAAGAUCCAUAUGUUCUUGCUAUACGUUCGGUCACUCUUCCCACACACCCUCCAGUGGAGGACCUGAACAGGGGGGAGAUGCUCUGUGCAGGAUUCACUAUUUAUGCCAUGUCUGAAAAUGUAUCAAAGAUCUCUUACUACAACCAGACCAACCCAGGCGUGUUACCGUACAUCGCCACAGACAUCGCCGGACUCUCGUCCCAUUUCUGUUCCAACUUCUAUUCCUGUAGCCAGUACCUGAUGGACAACCGAGUUGGACCUUCUGUCAUCUCAACACCUCUGUAGCACUCGUUACUGUCACUAACCUGUUCAUUUUUUCAACCAGAACAAACUUUUUCCAAAGAAAACACCAGACUUGUGAUUUGUUACUUUAUUUUGUCAAUUUAUGGUCACGCAGUUUGGGUGAAUAGUUCUGUGUAUGUAUAUUAAACAUUUACUAAAGGUUUAAAUAUUGAAUUGGGUCAAUUUAAAACAUAACAUCAGAGGCAUUACAAGUGGUGUGUUUGGUUCCAAGUAUGGCAUUAUCUCAUCUCAUUAUCUCUAGCCGCUUUAUCCUUCUACAGGGUCGCAGGCAAGCUGGAGCCUAUCCCAGCUGACUACGGGCGAAAGGCGGG